GAAUCCGAAAACGUAUUCGACAUGUACUGUGCUCCCGAGGUUCCUGAAGCUCCUGCGAGCAAGAAGAAAACGAGCAGGUGGCAUCAAGGGGAAAGCAGUAAAGCGCCUCCGACCAAGAAAUCCUGCACUGCAGACCCUCCAGCAGACGUACCCUCAACAAACACAGCACCACCUCCUUCUCCCCUCAAGCGGCAAUCUCCGCCUGCUCCAGUCGGGUCAACACCUUCCCCACAACAUCAGCCGACUAGGCUCAACAGGCUGCCCCUGCUUCCACAGGGGGUGACAUAUUGAGUCGUGCCCUAAGAUCAGCCAAGGACAGGAUGGCUAAAAUUUUGAAGCACGAACGUUGUCGAGAAGCGAUGGCUGGGACUGAGACGAUGGACGUCAACCAGAUCUUAACCCACGCUCUAAAUGAGCUCGCAAGUGCAAUGCUAACCGCGACUGUCGGCCAUCUCCGCUCGGGAGCCAUCACCGAACAAUCCAAGACUUCCGAGCAACGGCAUGCUGAAGAACUCAAAGUUGCCGUAGCUAAAUAUGAUGAAAAACUUGAGGUGGCUCAGAAGACAAAUGCAGUACUGCUCGAGGAGAAGAACAAGCUAGUUGAGGAGUUAAGGGAGAAGCAGACUGCUCUGGACAAGGCCGUCGAGCAAAAAGACCAGUUCAAGGAGUCUAACCGCAUCAACUACCGUGAGGCUAAAAAACUCAAGGAGGACCUGAUUGCGAGCAGACAGGAGACUACAAAGCUGGAAGGCCGGAUCGAGGAGCUUGAAAAAGCCAACGCCAGCAAUUUGGAGAGGUACAGGAAUGCCACGGUUAAGUGUUUCUAUGACUUCUGGAAACACAACCAGGAUGCCAACUUCAGCUAUCUUCCCGAGCGCACAAGGCAUGCUAAGAUAGCCCACUGUGCUGCUCAUCUGGCGGAAGAAGAGAGAGCAAGGAUACCUGCCUCGCCCGAAAUCUCUUUGGCCACUGGCAUGGAAGGGGCGGACAAUGAAGCUACAACUGUCAUCGACCAGGACACCCCUCAAGAUCCUCCUGUCUCGUAGUCUGAUAUUUUUCUUUUAUCCUUUUAAAUACCCGACCUACGGGUCGUGAUGUAAAGACUAUAAUUUUUAUUGCUGCGCGGGCAGCUACUUUUUCCUUUUAACAAACAAUUACAUCCAAGCGGUUAUUGCUCGCGGUGUAAAGGGAUUCCUUUUGAUAUUAUAAUA